CGUUUCGCGGCGCCGCGGCCCCAUGCCGCGCGGCGGGUAACGGACGGCGCGUGUCUAACGCGUUAGGGCAUCGCCGGGAGCGCGAGCCGUCCGCACAGCAGCCGUGCGUAGGUAGCGUGUGGGGAGGAUGCGCCUGUAGCUGCCUCCAAAGGCAGUUUGGAAUAAGCAGAGUUUCAGACCAACAGAUUGCAUCUAACCAAAACAAUGUUUGCAGACUUGGACUAUGAUAUUGAAGAAGAUAAACUUGGGAUACCCACUGUUCCUGGGACAGUAACCUUGAAGAAGGACUCUCAGAAUCUGAUUGGGAUCAGUAUUGGGGGAGGAGCACAGUACUGCCCUUGUCUCUAUAUUGUCCAGGUAUUUGAUAACACUCCAGCAGCCUUAGAUGGAACGGUAGCAGCUGGUGAUGAAAUCACAGGAGUGAAUGGGAAGUCUGUCAAAGGGAAGACCAAGGUGGAGGUGGCCAAGAUGAUACAGAUGGUAAAGGGAGAAGUGACAAUUCACUACAACAAGCUUCAGGCUGACCCAAAGCAGGGCAAGUCCUUGGAUAUUGUAUUGAAGAAAGUAAAGCACCGACUGGUAGAGAACAUGAGCUCAGGGACAGCAGAUGCCCUGGGGUUAAGCCGAGCCAUACUUUGCAAUGAUGGAUUGGUAAAGAGAUUGGAGGAGCUGGAAAGGACUGCAGAGUUAUACAAAGGCUUGACAGAACACACCAAGAGUCUUCUUAGAGCUUUCUUUGAACUGUCCCAAACACACAGAGCAUUUGGAGAUGUUUUCUCCGUCAUUGGUGUGCGGGAGCCACAACCAGCUGCUAGUGAAGCCUUUGUGAAAUUUGCUGAUGCCCAUCGCAACAUUGAGAAGUUUGGGAUUCGCCUUCUGAAAACAAUUAAACCGAUGCUGACUGAUUUGAACACCUAUCUGAAUAAAGCCAUUCCUGACACGAGACUGACUAUCAAAAAAUACCUGGAUGUCAAGUUUGAAUAUUUAUCAUACUGCCUGAAAGUCAAAGAGAUGGAUGAUGAAGAAUACAGCUGCAUUGCCUUGGGUGAACCCCUCUACAGGGUCAGCACUGGGAAUUACGAAUACCGCCUUAUCCUGCGUUGCCGCCAGGAGGCUCGCACACGCUUUGCCAAGAUGAGGAAGGAUGUGUUAGAGAAAAUUGAACUGCUGGACCAGAAACAUGUGCAGGACAUCGUGUUUCAGCUCCAGCGUUUUGUCUCCACUAUGUCUAAGUACUAUGACGACUGCUAUGUCGUGCUCCGAGACGCAGAUGUCUUUCCCAUUGAGGUGGAUCUUGCCCGCACUACCCUCAACUAUGGGCAGAAGGACAUGUACACAGAUGGGGCAGAAGAAGAAGAAGAAGGAGGAGGAGGAGGAGGAGGCGGUGGUGAGGGAGAGAGUAGCAGGAAAGAGGACACAAAUGGUGAAAAGCUGAUUGAUGAUGCCUGAAUGUGCCAGUAUGACUACGGGAAAAAUCUUUGCAGACUGAUAUAAAAACAUGUAUUUCACAUGGCGAUUCAUCCUCCGUGACUUUCUGUGUAUGUCCAGCUUGGGAUUCCUCCUGUGCUUUGGGCGGGGGUAGCUGGUAGGAUUGGGACCAGCCUCUGCUUUCCUCUCUCUUCCCUUGCUUGUUUGCCUGGAUGUUUCUUUUUCCCCCCACAGACUUCUGUUGCCCAACUCGGAUGCUGAGGUGUGGGGAGGAGAACUUCCUACCCCAUCGCCAUGUGACUCCAUGUGCAGACAGGACACUGCUGAGUGUGCAGGAUGCACCACUCCCCUUUGGCAAGUGGAAGCCAAUUAAAAAAAAUCUGGAGAGAGAUGGCUACGAAUGGCAAGAACAGCCCCCUCCUGACCUCCCUGUGUGCUAUGGGAAAGUGUUAGCACCAGCAUCAUUUCUUCGCCAUGUUGCUGACUGUCCUGGAGCUUCUCAUUCUCUGGCCUGUAUUAAUUUUCUUGUCUUGCCCAUGUGUCCUCACAGGGGUCCAGGGCAGAUUUUUGUAGGAUGAUCACUUCCACUACUCCCAGCUCUCUGAACCACUAUUUUUAAGAAGGAGCAAGUCCAAACUGAUGGUUAGAACUAGUGGUUGCACAUGUGAUCAAAUCCUCCCCCUCCAAGAGGCUAGGGGGAGAUUGUCAAAGUAGAGGUUGGUGGAAGUGGCUACCUGGCAUGCUGAGCUGCUACAGUCCUACUGCAAGGAUUUGUCUGGAUUUUUUGUCCAGAUUUUUACUGCAAGUCCUUCCCUGUCCAGCUGUCUCUCUGGCACCAUCCUCUUUAUGGUCCUUGAGCUCCUGCAUUGCUGCGCUCUCUGCACAGUCUGUAGCUACACCCCAGAGCUAGAGUCCUCCAAAAUGUGGAUAUGCCCUCCCCUAUGGAAAGGGGGGAACUGGCUUAGGCAGGAGCCCUCCCAGUCAACUGAGAUGCUCAGCAAACAUACAGAUCUGAGGCAAACAGAUUCCUGAAAAUCACACCGAACUGAUUAUGCUUCCUUUCCAUUAUUCUCCUCUCCUAUGGCUGCUCGCAGUGAACUCUAACAAGAUGUGCUGCAGCUAGUCUUGCACAGUAGUCUUGCACACUUGCCCUUGAUAUUCCCUAGUGCAAGUGUGCACCUAGGGCAAGUGCCAAGAGGAACAGCGUUAGAACCACACAGGAGAUGUUUUAGCCUUAAACUAGAGAGGAGAGACAGAAGCCAGGUGGAGAGAGGAAGAUGAUGUCCGUGGGCACUUAAGAGAUUUUUGAAUGCAAAACGUUGAAUAACAUACUGCUCUCUGCUCUCCUCUCUAUGCAACUUUUUUUUGUGCUGCCUUUGGGUCAGACAGAACCAGUAACUAAUGUCCCAUUCCUCAGCACAAGGGAGAGGGGGAAAGUGAAACCCUUUUCCCUUAUGUUAAACAAGGUAAGUGAGGCUUUGUCUUCCUUCCUUCCUUUUCUCUGCUCCCUCCAUUUUUGUGGGCUGAUCCCAGAUCCAGAUGGCAGCUUUCUCUUUUGGCAGGCAGUACGACUGCCAGCAAUGGUGUGCUUCUUCAAGGCAAGGGUUUUGACUUCUGUGUUGUAACAUACUAGUGGUAGUUAGAGAAGCUAUUUAAGGGCAUUGAUUUAUGAUUGAGAUGUUUGUUUUGUUUUGUUUGUCUCUUGAUUUGUUUCUGGAGUGUUGCUACUUCUGUGGUGCCUGGAAGAAAGUCGUCUAUGGUCUAGCUGCUCUGGAAGAUUUAGACUUUAAUGUACUGGCUGUUGUCUCUAAUAAAGAAAAAUGUGACAUUUUUUGCUUCCUGUU